AUGAAAGACUCCAGGAUUUUGAUUGAAGAAGAAGAAGAAGCCUUUAUUUGUCACAUCCCCACUCAAGCACACACACAUACUCAGAGCAGUGGGCAGCCAUGCUGCAGCGCCCGGCGAGCAGUUGGAGCUCUGAAGACAACAGUCCAAACUUUACAGGCUCAAGUCGUGACUCUGCCGCAAGAAACCAAUGACAGGAAGGUCGCCUUUUCAGCAUCGCUUUUAGCUUCUGGAGAGGGACAUACCGGACCUUACACUUCUGUCUCGUCCCCAUUAAUCUACAAAAAAGUCUUCACCAACAUCGGAAAUGGCUAUAACGCAGAAACAGGGACUUUUACAGCACCAGUGAAAGGAGUUUACUAUUUCUGGUUCUACGCUCACUGUCACACCGGCAACAGAAUGGCAGUCAGUCUGUAUAAAAAUGGAAAUUGACAGUGCUCGGUGUUUUCCCAGAGGCCCUACACUAACGGCAACGCCAGCAAUGGGAUUGUGUUAACUCUAGAAGAAGGAGAUGAGAUAUACACGAAGCUUUGGGAUAAUAGCUGGGUUUUUGAUGAUCCAGCAAGCUACACCAGUUUUGGAGGAUUUUUACUUUUCCCUCUGUGAAAUGGCAGCCUGUGAUAUUCCAUUAAUGGGCAGUGAUUGGGAUGUGAUAUGCAGGAAUUUCAUUAGGAAUGUUGUGCGAUACAUAAAAAAAGGUUUCAUAACCAACAGUAAAAUCAUGUGAGAUUAGUAAGUGAAAUAAGAGAGAGAGAGAUUUGUUUAUUGAGAUUUUAUGAAAAAAAAAAUUGUAGUGUGAUGGGAGGAAUAAAGUGGAAAGAAAAACAAGUUUAUGAAUAAAGCUAAUGAAAAGUGUUCAUAAAAUUUAAAAUGCAGUAGCCAGUUAGGAGAAGACUAAGGAGUCACUGCGGAUAUACAUUUAAAAAAAAUAAUAAAUGUGUACUACAUUUGUGCAUUAAUGUGCAGACAAUG